AGAAACUUCCCGAGAACGCGUUUGAAUAUGCGAUAAAGACCCAAAUUAAACUCCUUGACGAUUGAAUUUUAUUAUACGCGUGCCGUGAAGAAACCAUCACACCAAUUAACCGACCUUUCGCUUCAUUCAAAUUUCCCAGCAAUUUCCCCUUUUCACAUAGAAAUGUAUUCAUAUAAAUAUAAAUCCAACCCGGCCAUGCUUUCUCAUUACUCACAUUACUCCAUUUCCAUCAUAAUUAUAUCUUUGCAAUUCACACCUCCAUCCUACGAUCUUGAUUAUUUCCGGCGUUUCCUUGUUGAUUUUCCGUCAUGAGCCAAUAUCGCAACCAAGAAAUUGACAUGGGUUAUCCGGCGCCACCACCGUCGUAUGCGGCGGGGGAGCAAGCGAAAGAGGGGAAGUCGGGGCCUUAUGUUGCAGCUCCGCCUCCGGUUGGAUAUCCGGUGAGAGACGGGCCACAGUACCCUCACCAAACAAAUUUGGACGCCCAAACUCAAUCUCGAGGAGAUGGGUUCUGGAAAGGAUGCUGUGCUGCAUUGUGUUGCUGCUGGGUAUUGGAUUGCAUCUUCUGAUCAGGAUGCUGAGUUAGGUACCACUUGUAGGCGGUUGGUUUUGGUUGAGAUGAGACCCGGUUUUUUCAGUUUUAAUUAGUUUAGUUUUGCUCUAUUUGUUAUUCUUUUAUUAUGUAUUGUAUAUUAUUAUUUUUAUGUUGUUUAUGUGUAUCGCCCCUCUUGUCUUUUUGGGCCUUUGUAUUUUCAUCUUUAUUCCAUUCUCAUUCUUUUUUUUUUUUUUUUAUCAAUAAAUACAUAUUUUCUUAUCUAA